AAACUUUUGUUCUAUAUUCAGUUCACUUGCAACAGGCAAAGGCAAGCUAUACCAGCAGAAUGAGGAGAUUUAAUCAAGUUCUGAGUCUAUUAAUGCUAGGCUUCAUAGCUUUAUUCAUAAAUGGCACUGAUGGGAUAAUUAGCAUGCGAUGCUUUAAAAGACCGAAUGUGGGCCCAUCGUGCGGUAAACGUGGACUCUACUUUAACUAUGAGGUGGUUGAGAACAUGUGCCGUGGCUUUAUCUACACCGGAUGCAAUACAGAAAUCAAUACAGACGAAAAUCGCUUUGAAACGGUCGAAGACUGUGAGGAUACUUGUUUAAUGUACCAAAUUUGAAAAAAUAUAAUUUAUUGUUUUUUUUCGAUCUCAAAGAAUCGUAGAUACAGAAAAAAAUUUAAUGUACAUUUAUGUAAAUAAUUAUGUAAAUAAACUACUUAAAUUAAGCUUUGAGUUGAGCUGAAUUAAG